AUGCAUUGCAACAAGAAAACGGUGUACACCUUGUGCCGUACAUGUGCAGAGAAAGAACUUCAGACCUGUACCCAUUCAGAGGAGGAAAGGGUCUUGGUUGGGGUUUGGACUUCAUUGGAAUUGAAUAAGGCUUUAGAUGUAGGUUACAAGGUCCUUGAAGUGUAUCAAAUCUGGCACAUCAAGGAAUGGAGCGACACUGUCUAUAAGGAAUACAUCAAUAAGUAUGAGGUCAAUGGUUAUCCCAACUGGGUCAAGACUCAGGCAGAUAAAGAUAAGUUCAAAAGAGAUUAUUUUCAGGCCAAAGGUGUCAUCCUUGAAGAUGUGGAAAAGAAUCCAGGCAAAAGGGCCGUGGCCAAAACCAUGCUCAAUUUUCUCUGGAGGAAGAACGCCCAAAACAAUGUCUUGCCCAAAUCGGAAUACAUUGACAAGCCAGCCAGGUUAUAUGAGAUCUUGGCUGACCCUCACAAAAAAGUCCACUACUUUGACUUCUUUGAACAUGAUGAGUUUUCUCUGAUCAUUUAUUCCUAUUACACGGCUAUGUCAGAACCCCAUGCUGCAGCCAAUGUGGUAGUUGCCGCUUUUGUCACUGCCUAUGCUAGGUUAGAACUGUACUCAGUCCUGGAACGUUUAGGGGAUCGGGUCUUGUACUUUGACACGGACAGUUGUAUGUACAUUUACGACCCGGAUAAAUACAACAUUCCCAUUUCAGAUAGUCGGUUGGAAAAGUGGACUGAUGAAGUACCCAAUGGAAGAAUUGUCAAGUAUGUUGCCCUAUGUCCGAAAAACUACGGGUAUGAGUACAUUGUCAAUGGGGAACGCCACACAGUGUGCAAGGUCAAAGGCAUUACCCUGGAUUACAAUAACACCCAAAAAGUCAAUUUCAGCAGUAUAUUAAAAGCUGUCCAAAACAUGGAAUCUUUUUCAGAACUAAUUGAGUAUCCAUAUCGUAUCAAAAGACACAGAGAUAGAAAGGUCACCAGUGAGCUUCAGACCAAGACUUUCCGUUAA